AUGUCUGGAGGCGUCAACAAAGAACUGGUUGAUCUUCGACGCGUCGAAACUGGUCAAAACUUGAUCGAGAACCCAUCCUGGUCCGUGGGGCUACGUCAGAAAUGCAUCACCAUGGUGCUGUCUGCCGUCUGUGCGGCGGGCUGGACGCCUGUCGACUCCUUGGACUCAUCCAAGGACACCAAGAGUUCUUCCUCAAAGGAUGCGAGGAAUACUCCUCCCACGCGUGCUCUGACUGUUUUGAUAAUUCCUCUUUGGGACCCUGGCUGCAUCGCCUCGUUUCAGGCCACUGCACGCAUCGGUCUCCCCCUCGGCCAGCCCCGAUCGGCUCCACCGAUGAUGUGA